AUGUUCCGCUCCCUUUUAUCGGUUAAGAAGCCUGUUCAACAGCAGAGCCUGUUGAAAACCAGCGUCAGAAUGAUCAGAACGUUCAAUCAGGAAGAGCAACCAAGAAUCAGAAUCAAUUCCUUGGCUCCCAACUUCACAGCAGACUCCACACAAGGCAAGUUGAACCUCCACGAGUACCUGGGGAACUCGUGGGGUGUGUUAUUCUCGCACCCCGCUGACUUCACGCCAGUGUGCACAACCGAAUUGGGCGCGUUCGCCAAGUUGAAACCCGACUUCGACAAGCGCAAUGUGAAGCUGAUCGGACUUUCCGCAGAAGAGGUGGACAAACACCAAACUUGGAUCAAGGACAUCGAGGAGAUUAGCGCACUCGACAAGUUCUCUUUUCCAAUCAUUGGUGAUUCCAGCCGCGAAGUAGCCUUCUUGUACGACAUGGUGGACGAAGAGGGCUUCAAAAACUUGAGCAACGGCAUUGUAGCCACCAUCAGAUCGGUGUACGUGAUCGACCCCUCCAAAAAAGUGCGUUUAAUCAUUACCUACCCUGCGUCCGUAGGCAGAAACUCCUCGGAGGUGCUGCGUGUUAUUGAUGCUUUGCAAAAGGGUGACUCUAAGGGUGUGGUAACGCCUAUCAACUGGCAGGUUGGUGACGAUGUUAUCAUCCCACCAACCGUUUCAGACGCUGCUGCUAAGGAGAAAUUUGGAGACUUCAACACCGUCAAGCCCUACUUGCGUUACACCAAAGCCUGA